AUGUGGGUCCCGGCGACACAGGAGCAGCAACAGCACCGACGACGCAUCACGAUUAGCCUCAUCAUCGCCAACGUAACGCAUCUAGCCUUGCUCAUCAAGCUCGCAUCACCUUCUCAUCCACUUCGAGUCAGGGAGGACCUUUCCUCCGUCACAACUGCAAUCAUGAAGCCCGUCGUUGGUGCCGGCCUGGCAUGGCAAUGCACCGUCAUCUCCGUCUUCGCAGUCGUCAUCCUCGGUAUCCUCGCUAUUCUGUUCAACUCGAACCACCCGGAGCUUGUCGGCGGAAAGGAAGACCCCCAGAACGGCGGCGCCGUCGCGGGCACCCUCUUCGUCUCCGUGCUGGUCUACAUUGUACGUCGCGUUCCGCCAUCUCGUGACAACAACGAAGCAGACGCUUGGAUGAGCAUGUGCUAA